CGUCGUCCUCGUCGUGGCCAAGAAUCAGUGGUUGGGGCAAGCGAAAUCGUCACAUUUUCUUUUCUUCUCCGAGAAAAAUUCAGACCUGCACGAAGAAAAUUAGAGGUUAACAAUGGUUAUCAGCUUGCAAAUACCCAUGUCUGCCUCACUGCCAUCGUCUUCUUAUUCACCAUCUAUUAGGCCCAAAACUCUUAGCAAUUUCAGGACCUUAUGUGCCAUUAAUGCCCGGGCAAAAGCUAAAAUCCCCGUUCCCCCCAUAAACCCCAAGGACCCAUUUUUGUCGAAGCUUGCUUCAGUCGCUGCAACUUCACCAGAGACGUUACUGAACCGCCCUGCCAACUCUGACUCACCCCCCUUUUUGGAUUUGUUCGACUCUCCAACACUCAUGGCUACGCCUGCUCAAGUGGAAAGGUCAGUUUCAUACAACGAGCAUAGGCCUAGGAGGCCGCCCCCGGACUUACCUUCAUUGUUGCUCCAUGGAAGAAUAGUUUAUAUUGGCAUGCCUUUGGUACCAGCUGUCACAGAACUUAUUGUUGCGGAAUUGAUGUAUCUUCAGUGGAUGGAUCCUAAACAGCCGAUUUAUAUCUAUAUAAACUCUACAGGAACUACUCGUGAUGAUGGUGAAACUGUUGGGAUGGAGUCAGAGGGCUUUGCUAUAUAUGAUGCAAUGAGGCAGUUAAAAAAUGAAAUACAUACCGUUGCUGUUGGAGCUGCUAUAGGUCAAGCAUGUUUAUUACUCUCUGCAGGAACUAAGGGUAAACGGUUUAUGAUGCCACAUGCAAAAGCCAUGAUCCAACAACCUCGAGUCCCAUCAUCUGGUUUGAUGCCUGCUAGUGAUGUUCUAAUUCGUGCAAAAGAGAUUGUUACAAAUAGAGAUACUCUUGUAAAACUUCUGGCCAGGCAUACUGGAAAUUCAGAAGAGACUGUAGCUAAGGUGAUGAGAAGGCCAUUUUACAUGGAUGCUACAAGAGCUAAAGAAUUUGGAGUGAUUGAUAAAGUUCUUUGGCGUGGUCAAGAAAAGAUAAUGUCCGAUGUGGCUCCCCCAGAAGAUUGGGACAAGGGCGCUGGGAUCAAAGUUGUUGAUGGAAUUUAGUUUCUUUAUGGUAGAUAUGACAGUCAAUGUAGGAAGUCCUAUAGGAGGAGAAAGCUACAAAUGGGGUAUGUUUCUCAGAUGAUGAGCUGAUUUUAUUUAGUGUCUCAAGACAUUUGACAAGAAGCCAUACUUUUUCUUGGAAGUAGAUUGCCGAUCAAAACAUGAGGCUUGAAGAUUGAGGAGGGGCUCGUCAAGAUUUUUAGCUCAAAGUGUCCUAAAUACUAAUAAGUUUAUGGAUCAUUGUACUGGUUUUGAAUAUUGAAAUUCAUGUUCCUCAAUAUGUCCAAGAUUAAAGUGAUUUUGAAGACUUGGAAGCUUGGAGUUUCUGUAAUGUUUAGAUUUGGCUCCCUAGGUUUGACUAAUCUUGUUUCCCAAAUCUUCUGUUCUUGUCCCUUGGAAAUGAAAUGAUGAUCACUUGUUCGAACAAA